AUGACUGACUUUGAAGCAAGAUCGAGCGUGUUACCUGGUAAAGCAAAAGUAAACAAUAAUAUCGCAUAUGUUGGUGCAUUCAGUCGUCGACAGAGAAUGUGUCAAACUUAUUUUUAUCGAACUAUGGAGGAACACGGAAUGUUCGUUGAAACGAAUGUGAAAGAAAAUGAACGAAAUGAACAUGAAGAAUACCUUCGUACGGCUAUUCAAUUAGCAGAGCAGAACGUGCAAAACGGACUAGGUGGUCCAUUUGGCGCGGUUGUCUGCAAAGAUGGAGUUGUAGUUGCGAAAGGUGCGAAUAAAGUGGUGCCAAGUUGUGAUCCAACAGCGCAUGCGGAAAUGGUAGCCAUUCGACUUGCCUGUCAAGAAUUGAAAACACAUAAUCUGGAAGGAUGUGUUAUAUACUGUUCUUGUGAACCAUGUCCAAUGUGCUUAGGUGCGAUUUACUGGGCACACCUUGAUCACAUUUACUUCGCACAUUCAAAAUCUGAUGCUAAAGAUAUUGGAUUCGAUGAUCAUUUCAUCUACGAAGAAUUAGCACGUGAGUUACAUGAAAGACGUGUUGGCAUCACACAAUUACUCAAAGAUGAAUCGAAGGCUUUCUCCAUGUGGAAAGACUGUCAUACGAAAGUUCACUAUUAA